AUGGCGGACACUCAGCCUGGUGCGCCUAAGCCGACCAAGGCCUGUGUCAACUGCCGUAGGCAAAAGAUGAAAUGUCAAAUCGACGACUCGCCCCCAUGCCGCAGAUGCAAGGCUCUAAAAUCAGAAUGCAUCUUUCGACCCAGGGCAAAUGCCGCGGUGAUUCAUCGGAUGCCGGAAAUAUCUCCCAGCAGUACGGCUACUGCCACGGCCAGUUUCAACUUUGCGUCCUCGGCGACUGACCAGGCCUCUAUUUUGUCUCGGCUAGACACUAUCGAGGCUCUCCUAGGCAUCAAGAAGGUACCUAAUGAUAUGUCGACUCUCGAUGCCGAAGAUGACUUGGAUAUCGCACUGGACGAGUCCGACGAUGGAGACUUUCCCUUUGCUGGGGUAGGCAAAGCUCUGACUCGAUUGCGAGAAAUGACCAAAUCGGCCCAGGAUCAGAAUAUCUGGUCGAAGAAGGUGGUUCGGCAACUAUGGCGGUCAUUCCACACUCAUCUCCCCUUGCUGCACUUUUUGGCCGAUCGUAAAACAUUUUUCACGCCGACACCUCUGCUUCUGGCAUCUAUACUGUACAUUUCCUCGCUACAUCACAACUCAGCUGAAUAUGCGAGUCUGGCGCCUGGUUAUUUUGCCGCUACAUGCAGUGCUAUUGCAGAUCUCGUAAUGCCUAGCCCGGCAUUUGAUCUGGGGGACUCCAGCGAGUUUGAGUUUAAAGCGGACGAAAUCGCUUUCAACGAUAUCCUAGGCUUGAUCAUGGCGAGUUUGAGCUCAGAGGCUUUCAUCGACGCAACUGGCUCGUGGAUCUCCAUUGGAUAUCGACUUCUUUUGGAUCAUUGUCCGCACUUGGAACGGGGUCCUUUAGACUGGAAAGGGCUUUUUUCAGGUCUUCAGGUUAUCGAUGUCGAACACGCUUCGAUUCAUCUGUGCUAUCCAUUACUGCCAAAGCAGCCACCCCAGCAACAACUUCAAAACCUCGAUCGCUCACAAGACACUGCAUAUCGUGGCUUGGCUCAGAUGAUGCACAGUGGGCUCAGCCAUUUUGUCGGCAGGGGGCUACCGUCGAUAUGGUCGUUUGUCAGUGGAAAAGGUUCCGGCAAGCUUGUUAAUUCCGAGUGGACCUUUACAGACCAGGACUUGCAAGUAAUUCGACGCUGGGCAAAGGGGCUGGACGACUGGUUGGUCCGAUAUAAUGGAGCUUCUCAGCCUUCGGAGGCCGAUCGCCACGGUAUAUUGAUCCUUCUUCAGUAUCAUCUGCACAAAUUAUUCGUCCUUUCCAUCUAUCACCCCGCUCGUGGCCACGAUCUAGGGGCACACAAUAUUACUUCGACCGAGAAGCACGAGCUUUUGAUAUCGGCACGAGCAAUUCUGCGUCUCCGUGAAAAUGAUACGGGAAUAUGGUCAAAUUGGGAUCUUGUCAUGGUGACACUGGCUGCUCUGCUGGUGCUCCGCGGUUUUGAAGACAGAAUGGCCAAUGAAGAUGACAUAGCACUGGUUCAAAGCCAUCUAAGAAGCUUGCAAGGCAGUCAAAGGCCUGCCCCGAGUGUGCAACACGUCCUGGCAGAUAGGCUCGAAAAAGCCGUGCAAAACAUGCACAGCCCCGUAUCCCACAGCCCAGAGCUGAUCAUGACGAACGCGAAUCUGGACUACUCCUAUACUAUAUUUGACCAAAACACACUUCCCUUGGCAAACCCGUCCUGGCUGAUUCAAGAUCCUCUGACGAUGACGACAAAACAUGCUGUUCAGCUAUCGCCAACGGAGACUAGGAGUAAUAUACCUGGGCAGUAUCAUUCUAAUACCAUGGUGCCACCACCACAAAAUGACGCCCAGACGUUUCAGACGAGACAGUGGAUACAGGAUCAGACUUCGAAUAUGUGGCCAGCGAAUCUGCAUCGGUUGUUUGGACAUGACGAAUCACAGGCAGGAAAUGGGUCAUUGGGGAGUUGA